AUGGCGCGCCUUCGCGGCACCCGGAGACAUGCAGUGUACAAGCUCACCUUGGAAAUCCUUCUUCUUGUAUCUUUCGUAGUUCUGGGUCUGCUGGUGGGGUGGGAAGUAAGACUGAUCUGCUCGGACACCUUGCUUUUCCGAAAUGCUAAAAGCUUCAUUGAACGGAGAAUCCACGGACAGCAGACCUCGACAGAAGAGAAAAGCGGAGUCAAGGAAAUCAGCUCUACAGAGAACCCAAAACGAUGGAUUUUGAGAUUCAAGGAGGAUACUCUUGCAGAGGACCUUCCUGACAUCUGCCGGUACGAGCUCCAUCCAGGCCAGUGCGUUUAUGUGUUACAGUCUUUGAACGCGAUAGUGUACGAAGGCCACGCUGAUGAUCUCCCCAGCUUGAGUCGGCGGCUAGAAGAAGUUCUGGACUUCUAUGAGGAGGAUGUAAGCUUGUCCACCCAGGAACAGUUGGUUGCCAGCGGUGCCGCUGACUUAGACACUACACAAAGCUUGAGGGAGUUCGCCGGUCGCGUCGGCUCCGCUUGGGACGCCAUCCUGCAGAAGCGCGGUGUGCCACGUGACUGCCACGGCCACGGGACGCACGUGGCCGGGAUCGCCGCUGGCAGCUCAUAUGGCGUGGCACGUGGCGCUAUCGUGCAUGCGGUCAGGGUCGUGGACUGCGAAGGGCGCGGCCGCGCGUCGGACCUGCUGCUGGGCUUGCAGUGGGUGCUCGAGCAGCAGCACAAAGUGCACGCAGAGAAGAAAGAGCGAGCAGUGGUCAACGUGUCUCUGGGAGCGAAGAUGAUGCAGUCGAUCAACGACGCGGUAACGCUCCUCCACCGCGCCGGCGUUCCCGUUACGGUGGCUGCGGGCAACCUCAACGAGGACGCUUGCGGCAGCUCCCCGGCUUCCGCGUCCUCGGCCGUCACAGUCGGGGCGUUCGACCGGGACAAACAGCGCGCGUGGUUCUCAAACUUUGGCGGGUGCGUUGACGUGUUUGCGCCCGGGGUGGAUAUCAGGAGUGCUUGGCCUGGGUGGGAGGAGGAUGACGUCGAGGGGGAAGCGAUCCUGAGCGGGACGUCGAUGGCAGCACCCCAGGUGGCCGGCGCUCUGGCUCUGUACCUGGAGCGUUACCCCCUCACGUCGGCCGACCAUGCAAUCAAUGCAGUCUUAGGAAAUGCGACAGAGGACUUCGGAGAGGCUAGCAAAUGGUUUGCUACUUCAUAG